AAAGCCUGCGUUUUAAGAAGGAAGCCAACCAGAGAUACAUUAUUAAAGGGAACCAUCAGGACAAACAUUAACAUGGCAAGCAUGGCUGUUCAGUUACUGGGAUUCUUACUAAGUCUCUUUGGCUUAAUAGGAACAUUAAUUGCUACUAUUCUGCCUUACUGGUGGAGGACGGCACAUGUAGGUACCAAUAUUAUAACAGCAGUGGCAUACAUGAAAGGGCUCUGGAUGGAGUGUGUCUGGCAUAGCACUGGUAUCUACCAGUGCCAGGUCCAUCGGUCUCAGCUUGCAUUGCCUCGUGACCUUCAAGCAGCUCGCGCCAUGAUGGUGAUUUCCUGUGUUCUUUCCACGCUGGCUUGUGUGGUGUCUGUCAUUGGCAUGCAGUGCACGCAGUGUGUCAAAGGGGCCACUGCCAAAAAUUCUCUCGCUAUUUCUGGUGGAAUCUUUUUUAUCUUGGCUGGUCUCAUAUGUCUUGUUCCUGUUUCUUGGACUACUAACGACGUGGUUACCGAUUUUUACAACCCCAUGCUUCCCAAUGGGAUGAAGUAUGAGAUAGGGCAAGCUCUUUACCUCGGCUUUUUCUCUGCAUCUUUGACUAUACUUGGUGGAACUCUACUGUGUACAUCAUGCCAGAGGACUGGGAACAACAUACCUUACCAGCCACAACCAAGAAGCACAAUAAGGGCUGCUCCCUCAUAUAGACCACCAACUGCCUACAAGGGAAACCAUGCUUCUUCACUGACAUCUGCUUCACAUAGUGGCUACAGAUUAAAUGACUAUGUGUGAGUUCCUUAAGAUUCGCCGGUGGGUCACAGCUGCUUUAUAAUGGACGCAUAUAACAUAAAACUAAGCUAAAGAGCCCUUAUAAUUUAUGAGAGUUUUGGUACAAAGGUUACCAGUGUAUUUUUUAAGAAAAUAAACAACAUGAAAUAG